AUGACAGAUACUGUCACAACGUAUAUUUUUCUGAUCGUCACAAGACAACGACCAUCUCAUUUCCCUCUUCAAUUUUGCUCGCAGAUCAAUGAUGUUAUCAAGAAAUAUAUUGUCGAUCAGCGGUAUCUCACCAGAGAUUGUCUCUCUUUCUUUCAAUUUUGCAGCAUGGGUCGUCGGGACAAGUCCUGCAGUCCUGCUUUGAGGCAGUGCUUGGCCACAGAGUGCUGGCUCGCUAAACCAGGACAGCCAAAACGCGAAAGCACGUCUUCGAGUGGCUCGCAACAGGGCAAAGAAAAACGCAGACGCAACCUCCUGCAGAGCAAAAUUCACCCAUUCCUGACACUGGUUCCCCCUCACUCGAUUGCGACAAACAUUUCCCAUGAUCCCCAGUUGGACUAUGAAGAUCGGUUAUCUCCCGCAGAGCAACAUUCACCCAUUCCUACUACUGGCUCCCCCCACUCAACAUUUCCCGUACAAUUUCCCAGAAAACAACGCAGUCUUGCAAUUUCCCUUACGACGCUGAACAACAGCCUGUUGCUGCCAUCAGUUCCCCCCCCACUCGAAGAUUUUUCUUCCGAGGCCAAUGAUUCUGUGGUCACCCCACUCGAUGAUUUCCCUAAUGAGGCUGAUGAUUCUGUACUCACCAUGGACGACGACGAUUUCUCUUAUGAGGCUGAUGAUUCUGUGCUCACCAUGGACAUGGACAACGACCUACCAUGUUCUUGUGGCACUCCCACACUGCAAACACUCGAGAACCUCAUCGGGUACACUCGUAAAACACCCGUUAAGCGCCCAUCACAAGCGCCCGUCAUUAGCGCUCAGUCAGCGUCUGUACCUAUGACCUUCAUAAACCCUAACCCAAACCCAUCCUUUACAUAUCCAAACUUCUCUAUUCCGUUAGCGCCUACUACCUUUAUCUCCAACAUCCCAGAUUUCGACUUCCUUACCCAAGCGAUCAAGUCACGUGACUCUAGAAACCCCGAGAACCCUUGCACAGCUGUUACACGUUUCAUGACAUCAUAG